GUUGGGCUUCAGACACGCCUCAGCGCCAGCAGCGAGCCGGAGCUCUAUGGAGGUGGCGGCGGGUACCAGGUGGCGGCUGCAGCAGCUACUCCUCUGAGCUGAGACUUUCAAGCCGGCCGCGUCUCCUUCCUCCCCCUUCCCUCCCCCUUUUUUGUUUUCCGUUCCCCUUCCCCCUCCCUUCCCCGUCCCCGACGACCGGAUCCAGAGGAGGCAGCUGCGGUGGCAGCUGCUGAGUUCUCGGUGAAGGCUUUUCAUUUCUACCAUCCCCUCCCCUCCCCACCCCAUCCAUUAAUAUUAUUCUUUUGAAGAUUCUUCGUUGUCAAGCCGCCAAAGUGGAGAGUGCGAUUGCAGAAGGGGGUGCUUCUCGUUUCAGUGCUUCUUCGGGCGGAGGAGGAAGUAGGGGUGCACCUCAGCACUAUCCCAAGACUGCUGGCAACAGCGAGUUCCUGGGGAAAACCCCAGGGCAAAACGCUCAGAAAUGGAUUCCUGCACGAAGCACUAGACGAGAUGACAACUCCGCAGCAAACAACUCCGCAAAUGAAAAAGAACGACAUGAUGCAAUCUUCAGGAAAGUAAGAGGCAUACUAAAUAAGCUUACUCCUGAAAAGUUUGACAAGCUAUGCCUUGAGCUCCUCAAUGUGGGUGUAGAGUCUAAACUCAUCCUUAAAGGGGUCAUACUGCUGAUUGUGGACAAAGCCUUAGAAGAGCCAAAGUAUAGCUCGCUGUAUGCUCAGCUAUGUCUGCGAUUGGCAGAAGAUGCACCAAACUUUGAUGGCCCAGCAGCAGAGGGUCAACCAGGACAGAAGCAAAGCACAACAUUCAGACGCCUCUUGAUUUCCAAAUUGCAAGAUGAAUUUGAAAACCGAACCAGAAAUGUUGAUGUCUAUGAUAAGCGUGAAAAUCCCCUCCUUCCUGAGGAGGAGGAACAGAGAGCCAUUGCUAAGAUCAAGAUGUUGGGGAACAUCAAAUUCAUUGGAGAACUUGGCAAGCUUGAUCUUAUUCAUGAAUCUAUCCUUCAUAAGUGCAUCAAAACACUUUUGGAAAAGAAGAAGAGAGUCCAACUCAAAGAUAUGGGAGAGGAUUUGGAGUGCCUCUGUCAGAUAAUGAGGACAGUGGGACCUCGAUUAGACCAUGAACGAGCCAAGUCCUUAAUGGAUCAGUACUUUGCCAGAAUGUGUUCCUUAAUGUUAAGUAAGGAAUUGCCAGCCAGGAUUCGUUUCCUACUGCAGGAUACUGUAGAGUUGCGAGAGCACCAUUGGGUUCCUCGCAAGGCUUUUCUUGACAAUGGACCAAAGACGAUCAAUCAAAUCCGUCAAGAUGCAGUAAAAGAUCUAGGAGUGUUUAUUCCUGCUCCUAUGGCUCAAGGGAGGAAUGACUUCUUCCUGGAGGGACCGUUCAUGCCGCCAAGGAUGAAAAUGGAUAGGGACCCACUUGGGGGACUUGCUGAUAUGUUUGGACAAAUGCCAGGUAGUGGAAUUGGUACUGGUCCAGGAGUUAUCCAGGAUAGAUUUUCACCCACAAUGGGACGUCAUCGUUCAAAUCAGCUCUUCAAUGGCCAUGGGGGGCACAUCAUGCCUCCCACGCAAUCGCAGUUUGGAGAGAUGGGGGGCAAGUUUAUGAAAAGCCAGGGGCUAAGCCAGCUCUACCAUAACCAGAGUCAGGGACUCUUAUCCCAGCUACAAGGACAGUCGAAGGAUAUGCCACCUCGGUUUUCUAAGAAAGGACAGCUUAAUGCAGAUGAGAUUAGUUUGAGGCCUGCUCAGUCGUUUCUAAUGAAUAAAAAUCAGGUGCCAAAGCUUCAGCCCCAGAUAACUAUGAUUCCUCCCAGUGCACAGCCACCACGCACUCAAACACCGCCUCUGGGACAGACACCUCAACUUGGUCUCAAAACUAAUCCACCACUUAUCCAGGAAAAGCCUGCCAAGACUAGCAAAAAGCCACCACCAUCAAAGGAAGAACUACUUAAACUGACCGAAGCCGUUGUGACUGACUAUCUGAACAGUGGAAAUGCCAACGACGCUGUCAGUGGUGUGAGAGAAAUGAGAGCUCCAAAACACUUUCUUCCUGAGAUGCUAAGCAAAGUGAUCAUCCUGUCACUUGAUAGAAGUGAUGAAGAUAAAGAAAAAGCAAGCUCUUUAAUCAGUUUACUCAAACAGGAAGGGAUAGCCACAAGUGACAACUUCAUGCAGGCUUUCCUGAAUGUAUUGGAGCAGUGCCCCAAACUGGAGGUUGACAUCCCCUUGGUGAAAUCUUACUUGGCACAGUUUGCAGCUCGUGCUAUAAUUUCAGAGUUGGUGAGCAUUUCCGAACUAGCUCAACCACUGGAGAGUGGCACCCACUUCCCUCUCUUCUUACUUUGUCUUCAACAAUUAGCUAAAUUGCAAGACCGAGAGUGGUUAACCGAACUUUUUCAACAAAGCAAGGUCAAUAUGCAGAAAAUGCUGCCAGAAAUUGAUCAGAAUAAGGAUCGAAUGUUGGAGAUUUUGGAAGGAAAGGGACUGAGUUUCUUAUUCCCACUCCUUAAAUUGGAGAAGGAACUAUUGAAGCAAAUUAAGCUGGAUCCAUCCCCUCAAACUAUAUAUAAAUGGAUUAAAGAUAACAUCUCUCCCAAACUUCAUGUAGAUAAAGGAUUCGUGAACAUCUUAAUGACCAGCUUCUUACAGUACAUUUCUAGUGAAGUAAGCCCACCCAGCGAUGAAACAGAUUCUUCCUCUGCUCCUUCCAAAGAGCAGUUAGAGCAGGAAAAACAGCUGCUGCUCUCUUUUAAGCCAGUGAUGCAGAAAUUUCUUCAUGAUCAUGUGGAUCUACAGGUCAGUGCCCUGUAUGCUUUGCAGGUGCACUGUUACAACAGCAGCUUCCCAAAAGGCAUGUUACUUCGAUUUUUUGUUCACUUCUAUGACAUGGAAAUUAUUGAAGAGGAAGCUUUCUUAGCUUGGAAGGAAGACAUAACUCAAGAGUUUCCAGGAAAAGGCAAGGCUUUGUUCCAGGUGAAUCAGUGGCUAACCUGGCUAGAAACUGCUGAAGAAGAAGAAUCAGAGGAAGAAGCUGACUAAAGAACCAGCCAAAGCCUUAAAUUGUGCAAAACAUACUGUUGCUAUGAUGUAACUGCAUUUGACCUAACCACUGCGAAAAUUCAUUCCGCUGUAACGUUUUUUCACAAUAUUUAAAGCAGAAGCACGUCAGUAAGGUUUCCUUCUGCAUAAGGUUUUUGUAGUGUGAUGUCUUAAUCAUAGUCUACCAUCAAAUACUUUAGGAGUAUCCUUAAUGUUUAGAUAGAAUAUUAGCAGCAUGCAAUAAUUACAUCCUAAGUUCUCAAGCAGAGGCAGUCUAUUGCAAGGACCUUCUUUGCUGCCAGUUACCAUAGGCUGUUUUAAGUUAGAAAACUGAAUAGCAACACUGAAUACUGUAGAGAUGCACUUUGCUCAGUAAUACUUGAGUUGUUGCAAUAUUUGAUUAUCCAUUUGGUUGUUACAGAAAAAUUCUUAACUGUAAUUGAUGGUUGUUGCCGUAAUAGUAUAUUGCCUGUAUUUCUACCUCUAGUAAUGGGCUUUAUGUGCUAGAUUUUAAAAUCCUUGAGCCUGGGCAAGUGCACAAGUCUUUUUAAAAGAAACAUGGUUUACUUGCACAAAACUGAUCAGUUUGAGAGAUCAUUAAUGCCCUUGAAGUGGUUUUUGUGGGUGUGAAACAAAUGGUGAGAAUUUGAAUUGGUCCCUCUUAUUAUAGUAUUGAAAUUAAGUCUACUUAAUUUAUCAAGUCAUGUUCAUGCCCUGAUUUUAUAUACUUGUAUCUAUCAAUAAACAUUGUGAUACUUGAUGUAGUUGUACAUGACUUCAAAUAGUAUCUGCAAAGUAAUGAAGAAUUCAUUUGGUUUUGAGGUAUGGAUUUAUCUCCGUUUAAGAACUUGGGAAAUUUUUAAUUUCAUAGUCUUAAUUAGUAGUGAUUGAGCCUAUAACACCCCUUAAUUCAAGCAUUAAUUUUUUUUCACCUCAGAACUAUUCCCUAUCAAUCUAAUGCAAACUGUCAACUUAAUCUGACCUUUACUAUUACAGACCUUGUGUCAACUCUUUGGCUCUGCUUUCUAAGCACCUAAGGAAUAAGCUUGUCUCAUCCACCAACCUCUGCUGAGAUACCUGUUUAGCCCUUGAUCUCCAUUUGUUCUUUGCAGCGAAACAACCAGAACAAGAAACUGAAAAACAAAACUGCUGCAUGGUUUAGAACCCAGCAGACUUUUAAGUCAUCCUAAAAUUGGCUCCCUCUUGCUGCUUUUCAUUUUUCUUGCCCUUGCGUAUUCAGUUACUUUACCUGGAAUAAUCAGUGGUCCCCUCACCCUUUAACCUUCAGGUGUGAUAUAAAUGUCAAAGAACUGGCCUUUCUCUGCUGGGACAGUGAGAAUGUUUGUGUCAAAGUCUGCUGCAAAAGAAAAAAUUGUAUUUUGGCAUGGAAUCCAGAGAACAGUAGACCACAGAAAUAGACUGGGUGGUCAAGUCCUGUGUCCCUGUCAAAUAUCUGUUCUCAGAUGUCCCCAGCUCCACUGGUGACCAGAGUAGGAACAGAUAAACUCUUGCUGCCUCCCAGCAGAACCGUAGUCUGCUUUGGCGGCUCUUGUUUUGAAGAUUUGCAGUAGAGUAGAAGAAACUGGGAAGAGUUGAAGUGGAUAGCUGAGGAGGCCCAUCCCACAUCUCAGCCUAGUUUUAGUCCACUAUCCAUUUACCCCACCCCUUGGUGAAAGCAGAUCUCCAAGGAGAAUAAUGUAGAUGUGUCUUCAGCCACUGCUGAGUAGGAUGAUAAAUUUCAGUUUUGUGAGCUUCAAUCUUAAGAGAAUUGCAGUAAUAGAAAUUAAGAGCAAUUCAAAAUUAGGUUUAGGAUCUAAAAUGUUCUGGAUAAAAGAUUGUCUUUGAAUCUGAAGCUUGAUUGACUGCAUGAUAACUGAGUUAGGGCUAACAGAACUAACUGAAAUGAUCUGUGUAUACCCCACUCACUAGAAAAACUAGUAAUGAAUAAAUGCUUGGAUAGUGACCUGGGUUUUUUCUUCAUUUGUUACACCACGUGAUCCUAGCAUUGCAUUGCACAAUGCCUCCAACCCAUUAUUUGGCCUUCACAGUGUGGUGGUUGUAAUGUUUUGUAUGUAAUAUAUAUGAUAUACUAUCUUCUAUAUUAAAUAAUUACUAUAUAACUUUACGCACAUUGAAAACUGAGUACCUUGAAAGCAGUCUCUAAGACUGACUGACUGCUCAUGGCAUGGGUAAACUCCAAAUCCUUGAGGUGGGUGUUGUGGAUCAGCUGUAGCUCUCAAUGUUAAGGUAAACCAGGAUAUUACAAAGCUCUUACCCCACCUUGUCUUAGAGACAGCCUGACAAGAGUCCUGGUCAAGAAAUAGCAUAAUAGCACUGAAGUCAUAUGUAUGGACUUCACUUUUCACCCCUACAUUACUUGGAACUGGGUCAGAAAAACAGGACAAAAAGCCAUCCGCCCUCCAAGAGUGUUCCUAGAACUCUGCUAGACCCCAGCCUCCUGAUUGGACAUUGGUAGACAAGAUAUAAGGAUCUUUGUCCUUCAUCCAAAAAGACUUGAAGGAGCGAUAAGUGAGAAUUUUGCCCCACGGACUGAAGGAUUCAAUAUGGCUCAGAAGUAGUGACACCUUAAGGGCCGCCGAACAAACAUCUGGAAUACAUUCUAGUCAACAGGAACAUUUACUUACAGGUAGCAAAAAGUAAGGAUAAGGGAGGAGAGCCAUGUGAGCGCUACUUACAACAGGGUGUUGAGAAUCCCAUGUUUGGGGGAGAUGAAUUUCAGGAGGGAAUCAAGCCUACAUACAGGAAGAACCUUCAGACAAGGGAGCUAAAACCACAGGCCCUGAAAUACAGAUGGAUGUUAAACAAGGUCAGGAUGGUCCAGCAGAGAAAGGUGGUCUGAAGCAGGAGAGCGAUGGAAUCGUUGGUAGAACCAAUCCAACUAUUCAAAGUGAAACGGGCUGUGCUCAGAGAGUUAUCAGGGAUACUAUUCACUAAAUGCAAAAUUUGGUUAUUCUAGUCAACAUAGCCAACACUGAGCAUUUAGUAUGUCAGAUCAGAGUAGACAUACUAUGAUUCAUCCCAUCUAAUCUCAGGUACUAUGCUCUCUUUAAUUUACUGAUGAACCUGAGACUUGGAUAAGUCAUAUACCUUGUACAAGAUGUUUACAAAGUUCCCAAACCAGAGGCUCUUAAAGUGGCACAUGCAAUGAAAUCUUGCAUUGUGAUUCAAGUUACUGCUUCCUCUAUUCAGUCUGAGUACUUCCCCAGCUCAAGGAUGAUGCCACCACUUUCAAGUGGGUCUUCAGUUUACUUAUUUACAAAUUUAAUCAAGUUGGCAAGGAAGGUUAACUAUCACAUCCAGAGAAACUUCAUGCCUGUGGAAUGAACCCCCCCCCACUUUUUUUUUUUUUUUUUUAAUAUUUUAUGUGUAUGAGCACACCAUUGCUCUCUUCAGACACACCAGAAGAAGGCAUCAGACCCCAUUACAGAUGAUUGUGAGCCACCAUGUGGUUGCUGGGAAUUGAACUCAGGACCUCUGGGAGAGCAGUCAGUGCUCUUAAACCACUGAGCCAUCCUCCAGCCCAAGCCCUUUCUAAGAUUCUGUAAGGUGUAUGUGAAGGGGAGGUGGGGCAAGGUAUGGAGACUGUUUUUUUCAGAAGUCCAUUCUCUUCCAUGGUAUUUAUGAGGAAGGAGCUCUCUUGUUCUACAGCACAGCAAUAUGAGUUUCUGUCUGAUUCUCCUGUCUCCACUUUCCAUCUCAUUGUAGGAGUGCUGGAAUUACAGACAUGAGACACCACAGCUGGCUUUUAAAACUGGUUCUUGGAAUUCAGAUCAUCUGGCUUGAGCAGUGAGUGCCAUGCUACCAGCCCCCUUUCUAUUUUCCCUUUUUCUGUACCUGGUCCUAUCACAUGUGACUAUAUACUGGUUAAGCACUCCUGUGUAACUUUUACUAGAAUGGAAAUGAUGUGAACAAAUGUCUAUUCACCCCAGAGAGAACCUGGAUGACUGACAAAAUUUUAUCCAAGUCUAGUUUAUUGGGAUUUCUUUUUAAUGACUUACUUAUUUGAUGUAUAUGAGGAUAUUGUCACUGUACUCAGACACACCAGAAGAGGUAUCCGAUCCCAUUGUUAAGGUUGUGAGUCACCAUGUGGUUGCUGGGAAUUGAACUCCGGACCUCUGGAAGAGUAGUCAGUGCUCUUAAACCACUGAGCCAUCUCUCCAAGCUUAUUGGGGUUUCUUAACAGAAGAAUGGAUGAAGAGGUUUCCAGCACUUGUCUCUCUCUGCUUCCUGAUCGUGAGUACUAUGUGACCUCACACUGCUGUCAUCAUGGCUUCCCUACCAUCAUGGGCUACAUGCUCUUGAACUGUAUCCCAAAAUAAAUCCUUCCCUCCAUAAAUAGCUUAUUAGCUAUUUUGGUCUCCUUAACAAAAGUUACUGGUGGCUUGAAUGGGCAGUGUCCCCUGUACACGUACAUGUAUCUGCAUACUUGGUCUCCCAGUUGAUUGUACUAUUUGGAGAGGUUAGGAGAGGUUAGGAAACCUCUAGAAAGUGGAUCCUUGCUGGGGGUAAUUAUAUCACUGGGGUAGGGGGCAGGACUUGAAGGCUUAUAGGCUCACCCACUGUUUCCUAUGUGCAGCAGAAAUUACAUCAGCCAGCUCCCUGCUCUGGCCACUGACUGCUGCCAUUUCUUCCUCACCCAUAUGGACUCCUCUACAACCAUAAGCCAAAAUAAACUCUUGAACAUUG